AGCAUUUGGAACUAACAGGACCUCUUUUUAGCUCUCUGAAGAUUUUGAGGGAAAGAAGGAGCAGUGCAUUUUCCAAAGCUAUGCAGGAGAUUCUUUGACGGAUUACAAUUUCAGCAAACUUCAACUCGAGAAGAAGAAUGACAGCUAAGGCACUUAAACCAGACUUUUCACCAUCCUGGAAAGGAACUGGCUGCCACUAUUUGGAGUUUUUUUAAUACUCUACCUCCCUCUGCUGUUAUCAGCGAGAACUUCCUCGACAAUGGGAAAUCAUGUACUUGCGGCUUCGAUUUCCAUGCUUUCACUCCUGGCGAUGAUGGGAGAUGCAGACAGUAAAACAGACAGUUCCUUCAUGAUCGACCCCGACCCCAGCCGCUGUAUGAGGCAUCACUACGUUGACUCCAUCAGCCACCCCCUCUACAAGUGUAGCUCGAAGAUGGUGCUGCUGGCUCGCUGUGAAGGGCGCUGCAGCCAGACGUCGCGCUCAGAGCCAAUGGUUUCUUUCAGCACGGUCCUGAAGCAGCCUUUCCGCUCCACCUGCCACUGCUGCCGGCCCCAGACCUCCAAGCUGAAGGCCAUGCGGUUGCGAUGUUCAGGGGGCAUGCGGCUGACUGCCACCUACCGCUACAUCCUCUCCUGCCACUGCGAGGAGUGCAACUCUUAGGGAUGUAUCUACCGCAGCAGAGAGGGGACUGGGAUGCUGCUGGUGGGGAAGGCUCCCAAGAAGUAAUCUAAGGUGAAGCCGAUGUUCUCAACAUACAAUUGCAGCAAGGACAGCACUAACCAGGCUGGAUUGGAUCUGAGAGCUAA